AUGAUUUCCAGCAAAGCGUUGGGGCUGCUCUUCCUUUUUAUCACAUCAGCUUCAUGGAUCGGAGCAUCGUUCAUAACCCAGGCGCUUGUAUCGCGGGGGGAGCAAGAGCAGCCAGCAUUGGAGCCCUGGCUGUUAACGCUGAUAUGUUCGUCAACGCUGAUGAUCUACUUACCCGUUGGGCAUUUUGCCCGCAAGCGAGCACGGUACGAGGGACGUGUCGCUCGUGCGCCUCGAAGCCACAGGCCGAGAACCCGUCAGCGCAAGGCUCCCUCAUACGUCGACGUUGCCUUGGAACAUGCCACCGGUUGCCUGCACCCCAGACGCAGAGCUGUAGCUGCCGCUGCGACGGCGGCAGCAAAUAACGACAGUACGGCAGGAGAGGCUGAUGACGUCAGCGAAGAAGACGGCAUCGACGGCUCGGAUGCAGAGGCAGGAACGCUUGGGCGCAGUCGUGCAGGACGUGGUGGUGGCGGCGGCGGUGGUGACGGCGGCGGCAGCGGCGGCACUGACUCAGCUGCAUUGGCGGCGGCUCGCGCCGGCAGGGGCGCGGAGCGUCAGCCGCUGCUACACAGCCACAAGCUUCCGGCUCACGGUGGUGGUGGAGGCGACACGGCAGCGGGGUUGGGCACACCGGCGGUGGCGCUGCCGGGUGGUGAGGCUGACGGCGGCGAGGGCGGCACCGAAGGCGGGGAGGUGGAGACCUCCCAGAUUGUGCGGGCUGCGUUUGUGGUGGCCCCGGUCUGGUUUGCCGCCCAGCUGGCCUUCACGGCCUCCCUGGAGUUCACCUCCGUCACCUCCAACACCGUACUGUCGUCCUGCUCGUCACUGUUCGUUUACCUCGGCAGCUUGGCGUUAGGCCAGGAGGUUGGCAGCGCGCUGCGGUUUGCCAGCGUGGUGGCGGCUAUGGCAGGUACGACAUUAGUCGCCUUGGGCGAUAAGCGGAACGAAGAUAGCGGCAGUAGCAGCGGCGGCAGCAGCAGUAAAGAUGGCGGCGGGUUUGGCGGUGGCGGAUCCAACCCGCUGUUUGGGGACGCACUGACGCUCAUUGCGGCGGCGCUGUACGCCCUGUACACCAUCAUGAUGAAGAGACUGCUGGUCAAGGACGAUGCCGCUGUCAUGGCCUUGUUCUUUGGCACCAUUGGUGUGCUGUACUUCUCCGUACUGGCCCCAGUGGCGAGUGCGCUGGCGCUGGCGGGCGCGUCCGUCGUGCGCCGUGUGACUGCUAAGGCACUGGGCUUGGCACUGGUGCAAGGCCUCAUUGACUACGUGGCUGCCGACUACGCCUGGGCGCGAGCUGUCAUGCUGCUGGGCCCGACCGCUACCAGCUGCGGUCUGGCGAUGCAGAUCCCGGCCGCCGGGGUUAUUGACGCGCUCAUCAACGGCAGCCGACUCAGCUGGAGCGAAUCUCCGCUAGCAAGCUAG